AUGGGUUUCUUUACAAGUUCUGGCGAGGAAGUAACGUUUGCCCCAAACAAAGGUCAACGUGUUGUGUGUUGGGAAAAGCGUGACAGGUUUUUCGAAUGUCUUGAUAAAAAUUACAUUGAUAAUUCAUUAGAUUCUAGGGAGUUGGGGAAAGUUAACAAACAAUGUGGAACCGAAAAGAAAGAGUUUGAAGAAAAUUGCGCUACAAGUUGGGUGAAGUAUUUCCAAGAGAAGAGAUUCAAUGAUUUGGUCAGACAAAGGUACAUUGAUAAAUUGGAAUCCGAAGGUGCCCAGCCAUUACCAUUCAAGAUUGAAGGUGUUAAAAAAUAG